AUGUCGUCCAACGUUCCCAAGUUCGCGAGCUUCCGGCCAAAGCCCAAGGUAGAGCCAGAGCCGCCCAAGGAACCUCAACAGCAUGAGAAAGUAGGAAAAUCAUCUAAAGAGAGAGCUUCGGGCAGGACAAGAUCUCCUUCGCCAGACAGAAGUACCCGUGAGCAAAAGUCAAACAAAGACAGGCCCUACUUCAGCGACCGACGAGGUGACCCCGACGUCUUGCGUUAUGGAACAAUGAAUCGUUAUGAUAUCCCGCCUUACCGUCGAUUUGGUCAUGGCUUCAUACUAGGGCUUUCUGCAAAUCAGAAGAUCGACAGAGCCGAGUCUACAGACAAGAAGAUCAUUGUAACGCCAGCAACACGUAGAUGGCAAGAGCGACUACUGACAGACAAGCGUGCAAACAAGUCGCGUGGACGCGCUCUACGACUGGUCAAGACGGGAGAAGGCGAUACAAGUCUCGACCAGGACUUUGUCUUAUUGUCUUCACGCGCCAAGAGAAGACGCGAUGAAAGCGAAGACGAGGAUGACCAAGUGGAAAUGGAGGCAGAUUACCGACGCAUCGAUGGGCCCAAAUCAAGCGAGCCCGUAGACCCAGACACGCAGUACGAGUCCGAUCCCGAGCUUGUGAUUGACACCGAGAUCACUCGAAAAAACUCCCAGCUUGCACGGCAGACGAAAGAACACCCCACAGACGUUCAGGGCUGGUUGGCACUGAUCAGACACCAGGAGGCCAUGCUCAAACUUGAGCGGCCAUCUGCUGAGUUGACCGCAUCUGACAAAGCACACCUUGCAGACGUACGCAUCUCUACCUACGAGGAGGCUUUGAAGAAGAUUGGCCCAGAUAAGAAUAGCCAGCUGAGGUUAUAUCAGGGCCUCUUGAAAGAGGCAGAAAGAGCUUGGGAUGGUGCGAAACUGGCCGGCAAAUGGAAGGACGUACUUGCGAAACAUCCGCAAAGUGUGGAUUUGUGGAUGAUGUACCUCGACUUUGUGCAGUCACGAUUCACAAGCUUCAAAUAUGAAGACUGUCGCGCUAUCUUCUUCAAUUGCGUAGAGUCUCUUCGGGCGAACAAGGCCGACAUCUCGUCAGAACAGAGCCUGCAUCUAUUGCUGCGUCUGACAGCCAUGGUUCACGAUGCAGGAUACCAGGAGCUUGGUCUUGCGGUCUGGCAGGCCUUAUUCGAGCAUCACCUGAUGCAUCCACAAUCGGGCGCCGACAUUAAAGCCUUUGAAGAGUUCUGGGAAAGCGAAGUGCCUCGUAUUGGCGAGACGGGAGCAAAGGGUUGGCAGCAUAGCAGUACAGACGACGCGCCACCUCCAGGGCCUUCGUCUUUGCAGGAAGGAGAAGCGUCAGAUGCUAACUUUGACAGCUUCCGAAAGCGCGAAUGCGAGGCUACGUCGGUGUUACGACACCCUGGUCGGGCAUCAGAUGAUGUAGCAGAAGAUGAUGCCUUCCAUACAAUCUUCUUCUCGGAUAUCGAACCCUACUUAGCCAUUGUUACGCCUGAGACACCAGCGACACUGAUCAUCGAGGCUUUCCUGUGCUUCUGCAUGCUACCACCGCUAGCACAUCGUAUCCCACAACAACGAGCCUGGUGGACUGAUCCAUUCUUACAGCGCCAUUGGCACUCUGCUAGUCUAGACACUGAUGAAUCUCAUGAUUUCACUAAAGCCGUCAAACGAUACUCUAACUAUUCAGCAAAGAGCUUCCAGAUGACCACUGAGCUCUUAUUCGAGCAGCACUUCUCGCUUGACGGAAUCAAACUUGAUGCAGACUUUAUCAGAUGUCUGCUUAAGCUCCUCUCCUCGAAUUCUUCAAGCGAAGAAAUUGUAGGGGAAUAUCUCCUUGCUUUCGAAUCUAAACACUUUCCAUCGGAAGCAUUCAAGACAGCAAAGCGGUUACUCAAAGCGCGGCCGUCAAGUUUGCGUUUGUACAACGCUUAUGGGUUAGUUGAAUCGCGCCUGGGCAAUUCCUCCAAGGCAGAUCAAGUGUUCAGCAUGGCGCUGUCCAUGCAAAAGGGAGACGAUCUGCUUUCAGCCCCAUGGAAUCUAGAGCUCUUCAGCAACUGGGUAUGGGAAGCGUUCCGACGGGGAGACCACGAAGAAGCUUUUUGGCGGCUCGUCUCGCCAGAAGGCAAAUUUCCCAAUGCAGAGCACAGAAACUCGAGUCCUUGGGCCCAACCUGCAUAUGAGAAAAUCAGUCAAAUCGAAGAACAUGCACUACUAAACCACGACUACCCAACAGCAGUAAUAUGUACCUGCCUUCACGUUCUCCUUAGCGACACGGUCCGCGACGUCAACCCCCAACUCUACCCUUACUCCCGCCUAAGACAAUGGUUCUCAUCCCAUCGCCUCGACAAGUCUCCCUUUGAAGAACUGCGCGCUCAAUCUCUCGCACAAUUCCUCGCAUACCACGCCACCCAAGCCCCCAUCGUCAAACCUUCCUUAAUACGCGGCAACCUCGAUUGGGUUCUCGACGACUUCCCAGCAAACACAAUCUUGCUCUCCGUGUACGCUGCAAACGAGACGCGUUUUGCAAUUGACGAUCGCGUUAGAAGAUUUUGGGAAGGAUUCUAUUCUCAGCCGGACGAACAGAGUUUAGCAGGCUGGGCAUUCGCCAUACACUACGAGGCGUUGAAAGACGAGAGGGCGGGCUCGACUAGCCAUUCUAUCCGUGCGUUGUACAGACGCGCUACAGACUCGGUGACAGGGUCUCGCUGUCCUGCACUCUGGAAAACUUACGUCAACUUUGAAUUACAGUGUUUGCAUAGCGAGCAGGCACGACAGCAGCAGUGGCAUGCGAACAAGAAACCACGCCGAGAUGGUAAGAAGAGUAAAUGGGAGAUGAGGGUCGAGGAAGCGGAACAACGGGUCAAGGACACGUUUUACGCUGGGUUGAGGAACCUGCCAUGGUGUAAAGAGUACAUCAUGUUUGCCUUUACAGAUGCGAGGGAUGUUUUUAGGAGCGAGGAGAAGGCGAAGCUGUAUAGGGUCAUGCAAGAGAAGGAACUCAGGCUUUAUGUUGAGUUGGAUGUAUGA